UUCCAUAAUCUAGAAGGCAGCAACUAUGAAGCUUGGCUGAAUGCCGAAAUUUGAGGUUAGGAUUACUUUUUAUUUUGCAACUAUGAAAUUUUGGAUAAUAAUAAUUAAUUAAUUACACACUGAUAUUGGAAACAAUUUUCUAAUUCAUAGUGUUACUCCAUAGAUAGAAUUUUUCAUCAGUGCACUAUGUUUUCCGCUAGAAGCUGUUUUAAUUCUUUACUGAGAGCUACCGAAUUUCUGGGAGUCAAUAGAGUGCUGGAUGUACAGACACGAAACGCAGCUAAAAAGUCGGCAAGCAGUACACAAUAUGGCGGCGCGAGAAAACCGAAGCGUCGUGGCAUCAAGCGUCAAGAAGGCUGUCACGUGACCAGGGGCACCAUCCUUGUCAGGCAGAAUCGACUCAACUACCAUCCAGGACUGCAUGUUGGAUUCGGCAAGGACGGUACUCUGUUUGCUUUGGAGCAUGGUGAGGUGAGAAUCUCCUGUGAAAAGGCUGACAUCAACUGGGACCAUACUUGGAUCCAGCGCCACUACAACAACCGCUUCAACCAGAACAUUUACAAGAAAUAUUUCCACAUCAUCCCCGACCCACAGCACACCCGCUUCAAGCUUAUUGAUCUAGUCUAGUUGUCAACUCUGUUAUCAAGUUUAGAGCAUUUUGUUUAGAAUGUAUUAUUAAAUAAAGAACUGAAAAGUA